GUCGAUGAGACAAAUAGAAGAGAAAAAAAGAAAGACAAAAAUAUGUUAAAACACACUUCCUCCACCACUGAUUAGCAUUGGAUAAAAAUCAUUUCAAAUGCACAAAGUAAACCGAAACGACAAUGACAUUUUCCCCCUGUUGUUUUGCUAUGUGUCGAGAUUUGGCUUUGAUUUCUGACAGGUUACAAACAGCUCAUGGGCUUGGUUUGUGAUCCGGGAUCAUUCCCUGUUUCUAGCUUUGUUCAGAAUGUCAGACACCAGCAUUGGUUUCAGUGCAUCCCACGGGACAAUAUCACAGUGCUCAGAGUUUGACCGAAUCCCAGCCUCAAGCUGUUUGCCAGAGCCUCAUUGAUCCACUAAUCCUUAUUUAGUUCACUCAGACAUGAAGACACUGAAAGAAGAAGAAGAAGUAGCACCUGAAGUACAAGAACCUCUUCCUACUGUGGAAGAGUCUCCAGCUGCAGAUGAAGAACCUCUUCCUACAGUGGAAGAGUCUCCAGCUGCAGAUGAAGGAGAGAACCAGGAUGACUCCAAACCCAAACCAAAGUUGUUUGCUCCAGCUAUAGCUGUGCCGAAGAUACCAGAGGGAGAAAAGGUGGACUUUGAUGACAUCCACAGAAAGCGUCAGGAGAAGGAUCUGACCGAGCUGCAAUCUCUGAUCGAGGCCCACUUCAUUCAGAGGAAGAAGGAAGAGGAGGAGCUCAUCGCUCUCGUUAACAGGAUCGAGAAGCGUCGUGCUGAGAGGGCUGAACAGCUGAGGAUCCGUGCUGAGAGGGAGAAGGAGAGGCAGACUCGUGUCGCAGAAGAAAAGGAGAGGAAGGAGCAGGAGGAGGCCCGUAAAAAGCAGGAUGAGGACGCCAAGAAGAAGAAGGCUCUGACAAACAUGACUCAGCAGUAUGGUGGUGUCCAACAGAGGCAAGAUGGAAAAAGGGGAGCGAAAAAGCAGACAGAGAGAGAGAAGAAAAAGAAGAUCCUGGCAGAGAGGAGGAAGCCUCUCAACAUCGACCAUCUCAGCGAGGACAAAGUGAAGGAGAAGGCCAAUGAGCUGUGGCAGUGGCUGAUGACACUGGAGUCUGAGAAGUUUGACCUCACCGAGAAACUGAAGAGACAGAAAUAUGAUAUCAAUCAGCUCCUGGCUCGCGUUCAAGACCACCAGAGCACCAAAGGAAGAGGCAAGGCCAAGGGCAGGCUGAGAUAGAUGCAAGCACCAGCAGGAUUUCUCCAAGGAAGCGCCUGAAGAUGAGCACCAGUAUUGAUUUUGACGACAAUAAUGUACGCAUAAACAAUAAAACAGCACUACAACAGCUGGUUUUAGACAUAAACAAUAAAAAAAACAAGUGCUUUAAA